GAUAGGUCAAUUUCAUUGACGUUGUUUUAGACAUAUUCACAGCUGGUCACGACUAAAGACGUUCCCAUAACUCUCAGUGCAGCUUGAGUGUAGCCUUUGAAAGGGAACACCUUUAGAGAAUCAUUAAAUCUAUUUUAUUUUUUUUUUUUUAAAAACUGUUCUUGUGUUUUGUGGUUUUAUAGUUCAUUUAUUAGUUAUUGUGUUGUAUUCAAGAUUCAAAGAGUUUUUGUUUCUGCAGGUGUUGUCUGCAGGAGAAGACAGAGCAUGGACCAUCUACCCAACAUGAGUGAUCUGAGGAUUGUUCUUCUGGGUAAGAGCGUGUCAGAAAACAGUGGAGUGGGAAACUUCCUGUUGGGACGAUCAGCGUUUGACAGUGAAGCUCCUCCAGAUGUUGUAGAGAGAGUCGGAGGAAGAUUGAAGGACAGACACGUGAUGCUCAUCAACAGUCCUCAGCUGCUCCAGACACAUCUGUCACUCCGUCACAUCACACAGACAGUGAGAGAGUGUGUGAAUCUGUCUGAUCCAGGACCUCAUGCAUUCAUACUCGUACUGCAGCACAAUGACUUCACUGAGGAGGACAUGAGAAGAGUGAAAUAUGUGCUAAAAGAAUUCAGUGACGAGGCGAUUAAAUGCACCAUCGUGAUCACAACUGAUGAAGCAACAUGUGGUGGUAAACGGGCAUCUUUGAAAGUUAGUGAAUUAAUUCAACAAUUAUCUGCAGAAUGUGGAGGAGGACAUAUUCAACUUAAUAAUGAAACAGAGGAAUGGCUGUCUGAAAUAGCUCAACGGUUAGAGAUGAUUCUGAAACAAAACCCUGAGGAAUUUCUCAAAUGUGAACUAAAUGAUUAUGCAGAAGGAUCAUCAGUGGAUGAAGAUCAGAGCAACAGAUAUUUUGCUUCUCUCAGAAUAGAGAAAGAUCCUGAUUCAAAGGAUGAUGAACAACACCAAGAUACUCAUGCAGAGAUGAAGAAAUCAAAAAAGUUUUUUCAUCGUAUACCAAUAUUUGAUUUAUUUAUGGGUUACACAAAACAAAGUCCAAAGCAAAAUCAGCCAAAGGGAGGUGUAAGUGACACUAGACAACAGAGGCUGAACUUGGUGCUGUGUGGAAGUGAUGAAACACUGAAGGCCUCUGUAUCCAAAUAUAUAAGAAAAGAAAAAAAGACAAAUCUUCAGAUCAAUCUGGUGGAGCUUCCUGCUCUCAGUCAGCUCUCAGAGGAGGAAGUGAUGUCUCACGCUUAUGUCUGUGUGUCUCGCUGUGAUCCAGGAGUUCAUGUUUUCCUCCUAGUUAUUCCUGCUGGUCCACUUAAUAAUGAAGACAAAGCAGAAAUGGAGAACAUCAAGAAGAUAUUCAGCUCAAGAAUCAACAAACACCUCAUGGUUCUCAUAAUCCAAGAGAAGAGCAUGAUUAGCAAUCUGAAUAUACUUCACACUUCAGUUACUAAGACAUCUAUCCAGACACUUGGAGGUCAUAAUUUUGUUCUGGAGAACAGCUCACAGGUUCCAGAUCUACUGAAGGAUGUAGAGGAUAUGGUACAGGAGAACAAAGGAAGUUCCUACACAACAUUCAUGUACCUUCAGGAUCGAUUAGAACUGGAAAGAAACAAACACAGAGCUGAAAUGGAGGAACUGAAAAAAAAAAUUGUGAUGAAAACUCAAUCAACAGCAGCAGAUGUAACACAUGAUGAAGAUCUGAGGAUUGUGCUGCUGGGAAAGACGGGUGUGGGGAAGAGUGCAACAGGAAACACCAUACUGAGAAGAGACAUGUUUGAAUCAAUACCUAAUCCAUCCUCAGUGACCAGAGAGUGUCAGAAAGAAACAUCUGAGUUCAACAGAAGACAGAUAACUGUGAUCGACACUCCAGGACUGUUUGAUACUGGAGUUGAUAAUGACGAGACCUGGAAGGAGAUUGUGAAGUGCAUCUCAAUGGCGGCACCUGGACCACAUGUGUUUCUGCUGGUGAUUCAACUGGGACGAUUCACUCGAGAGGAGAAAGAUGCAGUGAAGAUGAUCCAGGAGGCUUUUGGAGAGGAAUCCAAAAUGUACACCAUUGUACUGUUCACCAGAGGAGAUGAACUUAGAGGAGCAACAAUUGAAGAUUAUGUUCAACGAAAUGACAGCUUAAAGAACCUCGUCCAUCAGUUUGGAAACAGAUACCAUGUGUUCAAUAACAAGGAGAAUAAAGAUUACACACAGGUUUCUGCUCUUCUGAAAAAGAUUGACUGGAUGUUGACAGUAAAUGGAGGGAGUUUCUACACCAAUGGGAUGUUCCAGCAGGUGGAGAAGAACAUCAAAGAGGAACAAGAGAGAAUACUGAUAGAGAAAGAAGAAGAGAUCAAGAGAAAUGAAGAAGAGCUGAAAACCAAAUAUGAAGCUGAAAUAGAACAAAUGAAGAAAGAAAAAGAGAGAGAAAGACAAGAGAUGCAGAAUGAACUGAGAAGAACUGAAGAGGAAUUCAAAAAGAGAGAGGAGGAGAUCAAGAAAGAGACCAAUGAAACCCUUCGAGAUGAGAUGCAGAGAAAACUGGAGGAGCACAAGAAACAAAUUGAAGAGGAGAAUGAAAGAAAGGAAAAAUCUUUAGGAGAAAUGCAACAGAGCUUCAUUAAAUUCCUGGAAGAAAAACACGAGAAGGACAAGCAAAAUCUUCAGGAGAAAAUUCAACAUGAAGCUAGAGAACAAGCAGAAUGUGAAUUUAGUGAAAAACUUAUGAAAGAAGUGAAUAAAGCUUUAGAAGAAGCUGAAGCAAAACUACCAUGUACAGCCAAACGAGCUCGUGACUGGAAUUACUAUAUUCCUGUUCUUGGAGGAGCUGCUGGAGGAGCUGUCGGUGGUGUUGAAGACAUUGUGCAGUGCAUUGGCAAAAUGAAAUUUAAACAUCAAGCCCAAAGUCAAAUUGAAGGUUGAAUUUAGGUAAAUCUUUUGAAACACAUAAGCACUGAUGGUGUGAGGACCCUAUUGUAAUUGCUCGGCUAAUUCUUCUUCUUCUCUGAAAUUAAUCGCAUUUUUGAGGGCCUAAACAUGCUCGAAAACUCAUGAAACUUUGCACACGUGUCAGAAGUGGUGAAAAUUUCUGAUAUGGGUUUCAGAAUUAGGUGUGGCAAAAUGGCUCAAUAGCGGCACCUACAAAAUUUCAAUUAAGCGCCCUUCGCGCUACAUUUCACGUACAGUUAUGAAAUUCGGUAGACACAUGUAACAGCCCAAUACCUACAAAAAAGCCCCUGGGUGCAAAAUCUGUAAACCCAACAGGAAUUUUUUGAUUUUUCUCUGGAAAAUUUUGGCAAAAUGGCUCAAUAGCACCACCUACAAAACUUCAACGAAGUGCCCCAGACGCUACGUCUCACGUACAAGUAUGAAAUUCGGUACACACAUCUAACAGUCUGAUACCUACAAAAAAGUCUCUUGGACCAUAAUCUGAAAACCGACAAGAAGUCAAAUAUUUUGAAGUAACUUUGGAAAAUUUGUGCAAUUUUUGCCAUUUCCAGACGUUGUACUUUAAUGAACUCCUCCUAGAGCUUUAAUAAGAUCAAGGUCAUAUUUGGUCAAUUUAAUCUAAAGGCCUUUGAGACGUUAAAUUGCGAAGAUCUUGAGUUUUCGCUGAAGGGCGUGUCUGUGGCGGCCUGACAAAUUUUGAUGUUUCGCCAUGAAACAGGAAGUUGUUGUAACUCAGGCAUACAAUGUCCGAUCUGCCCCAAACUUCACAUGUUUUAUUAGAGUCCUGGCCUGAAGACAUCUACAUGGCAAUAUUCAGUUACAGUCAAAGCGCCACCUGUGGGUAACAGGAAAUGACAUGUUUACACUGUGAUUAACUCCUUGUAGAGAUUUUACCAGAUCAAGAUCAUAUUUGGUCAGUCUAAUCGUAAGGCCUUAGCGAUGUUAAAUUGCGAAGAUCUUGAGUUUUCGUUGAAGGGCGUGUCCAUGGCGGCCUGACAAAUUUUGAUGUUUCGCCAUGAAAGAGGAAGCUGUUGUAACUCAGGCAUACAGUGUCCGAUCUGCCUCAAAGUUCACAUGUGUGAUAAGAGUACUGACCUAAAGACAUCUAUAUGCCAAUAUUCAGUUAGUCAUAGCGCCACCUGCUGGCAACAGGAAAUGGCAUGCUUUACACUGUAAUUCACUACCAGAAACACAUUUCAAUAUGCCACGAAGUGGCAAACAUACUAGAAACAUGUUAAAUCAUGCAACACUUGGCUAAGUGCUAAUGUUUGCAAUUAACGCCACAAAACAGGAAGUUGUUGUAACUCAGGCAUACAAUGUUCGAUCUGCUCCAAACUUCACAUGUUUGAUAAUAGUCCUGGCCUGAAGACAUCUACAUGGCACUUUGAAAUGACUUUGCCAUAUUUCCCUUGUAGCCCACUGUUCACUGUUUUCCUAAGGCCAACUGAUGGCGGUGAUCCUGGGUGCGAGGGCCCUUUCAUCGCUGCUUGCAGCUUUAAUAACAUAUUGUAAUUUUUUUUUUUUUUACUGUUGCCUUGUAUCAGUUACAUUCUCUUUAUUAAACUGUCAUUAGUCACAUGUACAUCAGGGGGUUCUCUAGCCAAAUAAGGUGCCGAUUCACCCAUUUAAGGUGUAAAGAAGAAGUAGGUAGUAGGAAGUUAAUGCUCUAUCCUCUAUCUGUGUUUAACUCCACUUUUAGACAUACACUCGCAAACUUCACAAAGCACUUCCCCUCGGGGGAAUCCCCACCGCCAUUUUGAAGUGCGUUCAACUUCGUCAAGUAGACGAGGGAAGUUUAUUUGAACAGACCCUCGACCCUCGGCCCCUCGGCAAGUCUGCUGAAUAUGUACACUUCAGAAUACAACGUCACAGCAGAUUGCGCUUAAAUUUGACCACCCCACAAAAUCUAGUGUAUGGUAUUGAAGUUGUUUUGACAUUUAACCACAUAAUACUUGUAGCUACCUUGUGCACAUUUAUAGUUUAUUGUAUCAUCAUUUUUGUUUGUGCAAUUUUUUAUACUUUCUCCACCAGCCCAAGCAUACAUACAGAAUAUAUGUGUUCAUAUAGAAUGGUGAAUCUUUGCUUACUGUUUUCCAUGAUUCAUGAUCCAUGUUUGUGCUUAUUGCUUUUUUGGUGUCUUGUGAACUUGUUUGUGAUGUAUAUUUGUACAACUUUGUGUAAUACACAUGAUUCAUAAGAAGAAUUAGAUGUCUUGUUGGUCCCUCGUUUUAUAUGUAUAAGUAAGUCAAUGACGCAGUAUUUAUUUAUUUUUUUGUUGUUGUUAUUUAAACAGCGCGUCAAUAAUAUGCACCUAUAUGCGGGUGCACAACGCACGUACACUCUGCUUGUUACACACACAGGGAUGCACAGCUGCACACAAACAUGCCAAAUAUUAAAAAUAAAAGGAUUACAAUGUAAAAGAUUAUUAUUGUGCAUAAAGAUAAAAAUGCCUAUACAUCUCAUAAUGGAUAGUCAUUGCAUGUAUCAGAAUUACCUAUUUGCAGUAAUGACAAAUGAAACUGGCUAAUUAUUUGAACAAUCGUGGCAAUACACGUAUGUAUUGAAACUGACUGGUCCGGUUGAGGGUGUCUAUAUUUCUCCAUGUAAAUAGCAAUAGCAUGGCUUUUAAAGGGAAUUAGAGAUAAGACUCAGGUUGGUGUACGUUAUGCCCAAAACACACCCAUGACAACCGUUCUGGACAAUGCACCUGGCACGCAGACCAUUUUUUCCCAUCGUUAAACUAGCAAAAGUGGAUUCGGACACGCCCUAAGUGCACCUGCUCCGUGCGCUCCUUAAAAUAGGGCCCUAUGUGAUAGGUUGUAAUAUCUACUGUAUACAUAAUGCUUUGUUCUGAUUGUAUUGUAAUGUUUUUUUGUUUUUUGUUUUUUAUGCACAACUAUGAAAAUGAGUUAGUCAGUGUGUAUGAUUCAUUUCCAAAAAUUAAAGAUGAUUUUCUCAUGUAAUGACUGAAAUAAGUCUGGAACAGAAAUAUUUAUCAUGCAAUUCAACCAGAACUGCAGAAAAUAUGAAUAUUGAAUUGUCUUUUUAUGCUUAGUUUGUCUCUGUAUAUGGUAUGUAAGGGCAAUUUUAGGUUGACAGAAGGGUUUGACAUAUAAAGAACCAAUUGUAUUGUAGAAUGCUUUGCCUUUCUCCUAUCUUAUAUAAACUGUUGUAUUGUUUUUGCUGGUGGGAUUCUCUGUGAUUUAUACGAGGUCCUCCGGCCAUGAUUAAAGUAUAUUCUAAGGCAUAGUCUGGUUAUUGCUGAGCAGAAAGUUAGGGAACACUAAUGACCUUAUUGCAAAGUGAUAGUGUUCAAAAGGGUCAAGACCUUGACCGACUCAGUCGACCUCAAUUAGGAGACGGAGUAUAAAUUAUUUAAGUGUCAAUUAGGAGACGUAUAGGGGUGUCGAUUAGGA